AUGCCUAAACGAGGCAGCUGUCCACUCUCAGGCGCUUUACAUACAGAUGUACAGGCCAUCUCUAUCUCAUCUAAGCUGAAUCAUGCAAACACAGACCCUAGACUCCAGAUAAGCUACUCUCAGAAAGGAAGGACAGAUAGAAAGCGGGAUGUUCACAAGCAAGGUAGAGAAGUAGUAAAUAGUGGGAGAGGAAGCAACAAAGCAAGCGAGGGAGUAAAGUUUUUCAUGAAGAUGGAGCGUAGUGAAUGA